AAAUCGUCAUUACUCAUUUCAAUUUUGCGGUUAUCAAAUCGCCAUAACCGAAACUGCAACGGAAAAUCAUGGCGGCAGCCGGAGAAGGAGACCGUCUGAGUGAUCUGCCGGAGCCGAUUCAACUUCACAUCCUUUCUAUGCUACCAAACUGUAAACAAGUUGUUCAAACCAGCGUAUUAUCAUCGCAAUGGCGAUCUCACUGGAAAUCCGUUCCAGCAUCACUCAAUUUCGACUCCACAGAUGAUGAAGAUCUUCCUGGUUUCGUAUGUACUGUUAACAGAGAGAUUCAUUAUUGGAGGUCUUGCUACAAAAUUAAAUCAUUUAGUGUUUGUCCUCCUACAUACGAUGGGUCGAUUUUGGAUUCUGAUGUUUAUUUCUGGUUGUACUUUGCUACUUAUAUUGCUAAGAUUGAAGAUUUCGCGUUGAGAUUUUGUGUUAGGGGCUUUCCAGAGGCUGUGUAUGAUUUUCCUGAAUUCGCGUAUACGAAUACGGUUUUGAGGAAUUUGGUGUUACAGAAUUGCGAGUUGAAACCUUUUGGUAAUGUGAAGUGGAGUAAUUUGGUUUCUCUAUCAAUUGGGGAUGCUGAAAUUAAAGAGGAUGUAAUGGAGAAAAUAUUAUCAGGUUGCCCUAAUUUGGAGUGCUUGGAAUUAGAUAAAGUUCUUGGUAUUCGUCAUCUGAAAAUCAGCUCUGUGAAGCUGAGGAAAUUGAUUGUAACGAUAUAUGAAAGACUUAAAUAUGAUAAUGAACAUUAUGAUGAAUUCUAUUCCAUCGAAAUUGAUGCCCCAUAUAUUCGACAUUUGGAACUUUGGGGAUCAUGUUGCAAUGAGAUGCACUUUCAGCUGAGAAAUGUGACUUCACUUGUCACUGCAGUCCUUUCUUUAACUGUUGAUUUUUCUGGCGUUGAAGAUAGCUCGGAGAAGGAGUGUAGAUAUUUGCAGGAACUUCUUCGCCACGUUGCCCAUGUCAAGAAUCUUGAACUCGGUCCCUGGUGCAUCAAGUGUCUGUCCAUACUGGAGUUGAAAGGUUGGCCUGUUCCACCAUCAAGCUGGAAAUACUUAAAACUUAACGCGGCCUUAGAACAGUUGGACUCUCUUGGAAUUAGCAGCUUUCUAUUGAGUUCAUCAGGUCUUGAGACAUGGGUCAUUGACUGUUGCGAUGGAAAAUCAAGAAAAUUGCUGUCGAAGUACACAAAUCAGGAUGAACGACAGAGGAGAUUUGAAAUAUAUAGUUGUAAAUGUUCAUUGCCACAUCUAAAGACCAUCAAGUUCAUCAACUUUUAUGGAGAACAAAGUGAAUAUAUGUUUGUAAUACCAUUGCUCAAAUGUUUGCGGAAGAAUUCUACAGCAAUAAAGAACUUUGACAUUGCUUGCAAAUUCAGAGGGAACUGAUGUGUCUCAAGUUUUCCAAGAUCCUCUCUGCACGCUUCAGUUGUCUUUCCUCGUUUGAUAAGAUUUACAGCACUCUCUUAAUGUAGUGAUCAUGACAUACAUACAUUCUCAUACUUUCGGUUUGAAACUGGUUUGUAGUUGAUAGAUGAGGUUUGGAUUCUACUCAUCAAUAUCCAAGUAGUCUUUUGUAGCUGUUCAUGUCUAAAGCACAAUGUAUUUUUUCUCUGAUAUGUAUAUGUUACAUUCAGCUAUAAGGAGUUGAUUUAGGCUG